CGCCGGAUGAGCAACUGGGUUUGGGGCGUCUGUGAGCCAUUUUCUGGACUGGGUGCGGGUCCACUGCCACAGGCCACAGUGUGAACACAUGAAUAGAAGAAGAAAGUUUCUUCUCGCUUCUGUACUUGCUGUCCAGAAUUCAAGUUUUAUAUACCCAUCAUGUCAAAAGUGCUUCUCUCGGAUAAUACUAGUCUCCAAAAGGUCUAACUGUCCAAAAUGUGGCUCUUCUGGUGGAGCUGAAAAUGCCAGUUACAGAUAUAAACUUUCCUUAAAAGUUGCAGAGUCAAACAAACUUUUUCACAUUACUGUAUUUGGAAGCUGCUUAGAUACAUAUUUUGGUCUUUCAGCCACUGGUUUGCACAGGUACAUUGAGAAUCCUAAUGAAAUUCUUGAAACACUGGACAGUGAUACAACACAGAACCUACUGACUAAAGCAGUUGAAACGUGCUUUAUUGGACAAAACUUUAUUUUUGGAGUGACGAAUUUUGAAAACCGAGGUGGGCAAGAUUCAGAAUCUAGUAACUUCAUACAACAACGCCCUGACUGCAAAAGAGAAGUUAAAGCACUAGUAGCUUGCCAGAUUAUUCUGCCAGACCCAGGUGUCGCAGGCUUCACUGUCAUUGACUACUUCCAUCAGCUUCUGCGGCCUUCCAAUUUCAGGAAACUUUACUGUGGAUCCCAGGCAUCUAAUAGCUACUUACUCACUUUAGGUCACUCAGAUAGUGAUCUCAGCAGCAUAUGUGGCUCUGACAGCAGUUCUUGUUUUUUAGAGUUCCAUGACAGAGAUAGUUCUUCAAGAUUUUGGCAGCCAGCGCUUGAACUCACUUCUGUUGUUUCACAUCUAACAGAUGAUGAUUUUUCAGCUUCAGAACAAAGCAAGGCCAUUGGUACUCUUCACCAGAAUAGAAAGUGCAACUCCUUUGCAGAGGCCACCAGUUGCAAUAGCUGCCAUGAUCCCAUUCAGGGUUCGUGGAGCCUUGUUUCAUAUAUGGAUAAACAGAGUAAAACAGAAAAUUUGGAUGAAGAACUUGGCUUACAAACUAAUCAGUUGAGUGCACAUCAUAGCACUUAUAAUAAAAUUAGGGUUACUGACUCUAAUUUAUUCCCUUUCAAAAUGCAAAAGCUUCUUGAACUGAGCAGUGCAAAGUACUUCCACAGUGCAGAGGAAAUUAAAAAUAGGUAUUCCCAGCCUGAGCUAGCAUGUCACCAACAUCAUAAUAUAGAUACCCUUCCUAGUAUUCAGGAAAGAUCUGAACAGCCACCUUCACUCAGACUUGAAGCUGGUGGUUCAUUGGACUGUGACCCUGAGAUUUGGGAUGAUCUGCCAUUCUCUGAAAGCCUGAACAAGUUUCUUGAAGUUAUUGAAAGUGAGACUGCUCUCACCCAGACAGAUGCCAGUAGUCGGAAAUGUUAUCUGAGUAAUGACAUUGGUAAAUUACAUGCAGACCACAGCAGGUUAUCUCUGACUCUCCAGAGAACUGGAGCCCUGCAUACACCUCCUAUAGCUCUGAGAUCAUCACAAGCAACAGUCAAAACAAACUCUAGCAAAGAUUAUUUCCUUCCCAGCUGGAAAGUAAAUCCAAGUCCUGGUGCUGAAAAGGAGUCACAAUCAGAAAACACAGCAGAGACUGUCUCUGUACAUAGUAAAGGAAACGAAAUUUCUGAGUAUUUUCUGCCAAAUGCUUAUCUGUCACCUCUAUUUCCAUCUUCAAAAGAUUUGCAAAUCACAAGAACCCAACCACAUAGGACUGAAAUUUCACCCAGGUGCAGUACUUCAAAGAGAAACCAUUAUUGUCUCAGUAUCAAAUAUUUAAAUGGAUGUGGAGAAAAAUCACUUUCAGAAAUGAGUGAAAAGUUGACAGCUUUUUGUUCUAAGAAAUAUAAUGAUGUUUCUGAUCUUUGCAGCUUAGAAAACAAAGAAUAUUAUAGGUGGCUAAAGAACCAAGAUGACAGUUUUUCAGUUUGCAGGGAACUUACAUAUUCUUUAGAAUCUAUUUGUAAUAGUCCAAAUAAAUUGAAAGAAAUGCCUUAUGGACUUGUCAGUAAUAAUUUAACACAGAGCUUUUCUGUUGGUCAUGAAGAAGGUAGUAGCUACAAUGCCUCUGCUGAUCUCUUUGAUGUUAGUGCCAAAGAAGUGAACACCGCAACAGAAAUUAUAAAAAAAUCACAGGAUAUUCUCUUACAGUGGGAAACGACUUUGGCAGAAAGUCAUCCUGCAAAAUCUGAUUUUUCACUAAGAUCGCUACCUGAAAACUCCAACCUGUUUUCACAAAAAUUAUCCUUGCAGAAUAUUUCUGCCACUAUGUAUCCAAAAACAUGUUCUUCUCCACCUCAUUUUCAGUCAGAUUCAGAAUAUGAUUUUGUGGAUAGCCAAGACUUUGUUCCAUAUUCACAGUCAACUCCAGUUGCACGAUUCCACCAAACAAGAAUUCAUGGGAUGAAACAUGCUUUCAAAACCUUACCUGUGUUUUAUUCAGCUUUUGAUGCUAGCUAUAAAAAAUCAAGGAUUUCCUCUGAAAAUGAUACACAGCAGGCCACCCCAAGCUGUGCAAAAAAUAAAAAAACACUCAGCCAGAGAUCCAGAAGCCCUAUCGCAUGCAGUGUUACACAGCCGGAGGUUUUCAACCACUGUCCGAUUGCAAAGUGUCUUGAAACUGAUGUUGAUGAAUGGGUUCCUCCUACCUCAAAAAAAGUAUUUCUUUCAGAUAUGCCUGGAUCCCCAGCCCUGGGUCUGAGGAAAUGCCUUGCUGUCUGUAAUUCCCCUGAUCAGAAAGAGUUACCAAGAAAGAAACUGAAACAUGACAAACAGAGAACUGAUAAAUGUUUAAUUAAGAAGGAGUUAAACAACAUGCUUACUGCAGUGAAACAGAAAACUCCUAAAUAUAGCUGUAAAACUUCAAACUGGAUUUCCAAAGAGUCAGUUUCUGGAUUUGGUGGUUGUUCAAAAGUCAAAUGUCUUCCCUUUUCAAAAAAUUGGCCAUCUUCUGUGCCUGAAACUGAAAGUGCUUGGUCACCUGAAUUGUUUUCAUAAAGUUACCUGAACCUAAUUACUGAACUUCUUUUAAAGAUAAAUCUGGAAGCUUUUACCUCAGUGGCAUGGAAAGAAUUGUUACAUCAAUGGAUAGAAAGACAAAGGGGAUCUUUGCGACCAGUGGGUGCUGUUGUGCCUUUUAAAAGUUGUAAAGCCAUUGUUUUUCUCAGAGUUUUAUCCAGAAUAUUGAGGUUAAGAUAAUUUAGCACUUUAUCUCAUAUCAUUGAUUAUACUUUAUUAAUAUUGUUAAUUUUGCUUUUUAAGUGUUUGUUAAAUCACAUGUACAGUCAGAAAUAAAGCCUUUGAAAACUAAAAUGUAGUCUUUAUUAAUUGUUCAGCUCUGAUCCUAAAAUGCCUGUUAUGUAUUUGACCAACCACUGUGCUAAGAGUUUGUGACACACAGCUGCAGGGUAAUUGAGCUCAAAAGAUUGUAAUCUACUGAGUAAGACAGACAUAUAAACACACUUUCAAUACAUUAAUAUUACAAAGCUUUUAUGAUGCAUG